AUGUACGCAAUCAGAAGCAUGUCCACAAUAGCUGAGCGGGAAUUCAGAGAGGAAGAUGGCGUGGAAGAUAUGACACAGUUAGAUGAAAUGCACGAAGGAGCUGUUCUUCUAAACACAAGAAGAAGGUUUGAGAGAGAGCUCAUUUAUACAUACAUAGGUAGUAUUCUAGUGUCUGUGAAUCCCUACAAGAUGUACAACAUUUAUGGGACAGACAUAGUACUGCUGUACAAGAGGCGCGCUCUGGGAGAGAACCCUCCGCAUUUGUUUGCCAUAGCAAAUGCUGCUUAUACCAAAAUGAUGGAUGCCAAACAAAACCAAGUCAUAAUCAUCAGUGGAGAGAGUGGCUCUGGAAAAACGGAGGCCACCAAACUCAUCCUUCGCUACCUGGCAGCAAUACAUCACAAGACAAACCUUGCUCAACAGAUUGAGAUACUUGAGGCAGCUCCUCUGCUGGAAUCUUUUGGAAAUGCCAAAACUGUGCGGAACGACAACUCCAGUCGCUUUGGAAAAUACAUAGAAGUCUUUCUGGAGGAUGGUGAGCUCAGUGGUGCCAUAACCUCUCAGUAUCUUCUGGAAAAGUCCCGUAUUGUAUUUCAGGCCAAAGAUGAGAGGAACUAUCACAUCUUCUAUGAGAUGCUGGCAGGUCUUCCUUCUCAGCAGAAGCAGGGUUUCUAUCUGCAAGAAGCUGAAACCUACUAUUACCUCAAUCAAGGAGGGGAUUGUGGCAUAUCGGGAAAAAAUGAUACCAAUGACUUCCACCGUCUACUCUCUGCCAUGGAAACUCUUCGCUUCACACCAGACGACCAGUCUGCCAUCUUUAGAGUGCUCUCUUCCAUUCUGCACCUGGGCAACGUCUACUUUCAACGAUAUGAGGCUGACGGCCAGGAGGUGGCAUCAGUGGCGAGCGCCCAGGAGAUCCGAGUGGUGGCAGAGCUGCUGCAGAUCUCACCUGAAGGACUGCAGAAAGCCAUCACCUACAAAGUCACGGAGACAAUGAGGGACAAAAUCUACACCCCUCUGACUGUAGAAAGUGCUGUUGAUGCCAGAGAUGCUGUUGCCAAGAUUCUGUACUCGCUUCUGUUCCACUGGUUAACAGAGAGGAUCAACGCUCAGGUGUACCCCCGCCAACACAGCCCCUCCAUCUCCAUCCUGGACAUUUACGGUUUUGAGGAUCUGGCCUUUAACAGCUUUGAGCAGCUUUGCAUUAAUUAUGCAAACGAAUACCUGCAAUUCUUCUUCAACCGGAUCAUAUUCAGAGAGGAACAGGAAGAGUACAGCAGAGAGCAGAUCCCAUGGCAGGACAUCACCUUCAGUGACAACCAACCCUGCAUCGACCUCAUCGCCGCUAAGCCUCAUGGGAUACUGAGGAUUCUGGACGACCAGAGCUGCUUCCCUCAGGCAACAGACCACACAUUUCUCCAAAAGUGUCACUAUCACCAUGGCAACAGUCCACUGUAUCAGAAGCCAAAGAUGCCCCUCCCUGAGUUCACCAUCAAGCACUUUGCUGGUCGGAUCACCUAUCAGGUGUACAAGUUCCUUGACAAGAACUACGAUCAGGUCCGGCAGGAUGUUCUGGACCUGUUCAUUCAGAGCAGGAACAAGAUGGUGUCAAACCUGUUCCUGGCCCACGCAGAGACCACAGGUCAACAGAGAGGGGGUCACAUGAGGAAGAGCAGCUCAGUCACCAGAAAGUACCAAGCUCCCACCGUCAGCAGCAAAUUCCAGCAGUCGCUGCUGGAGCUGGUGGAAAAGAUGGAGAGGUGCAACUCUUUCUUUGUUCGCUGCAUUAAGCCAAAUAACUUGAAGCUACCAGGAGUGUUUGAGGACGAACUGGUGAGCAGCCAGCUGAGGCAUUCUGGAGUCCUGGAGACCAUCAGGAUUCGUAGAGAGGGGUAUCCUGUCAGAAUGCCAUUCUACAUCUUCCUUUUUAGGUACAAGUCUUUGGUGGGAAUUCAAGAACUUCCAGCAGCGAAUGGAGAAAACUGUGUGAUUUUGCUCAGUAAGCUGUGUCCCCUCCGACCGGGUGCUUUCCACGUUGGUGUCACCAAGUUGUUUUUGAAGGAGGACAUCUACCAGUUGUUGGAAUGUAAAAGAGAGCGAUCUCGUCAGCUCGCCGCUCUCACCUUGCAGCGUUACACCCGCAUGUUCUUCGUCAGGAAACGCUUCAUUGACUUCCGUAAGAGAAUCAUCAGGUUUCAGGCCCGGAGCCGGGGCUUCCUUCUCAGGAAACAAUAUGUGAAAAUGAGAAACAGUCUGGUCCGGUUUCGUGCCAUUGUCCACAUGUAUGUCAACCGCAAACAAUACAUCAAGAUGAAGUUUGAAGCCAAAAGGAAAGUUGAAGAGGAGAAGAGGAGGAGGGAGAUGGCGCUGAGAAAGCGCGAGGUGGUGAAUGUCACGCACUUGGUGAUCCCUGCAGAGCUGGGUGCUUUACUGCAGCCAGCAGGAGUCAGGAGGGAGCUGCAUGCAGAUUGUUUGGCUCUUCUUCAGGCGCCUCAUAUCCAAGAAGAUGCUCAGCUCACUCUGCCUCUGGACAUCAACAACUACCCUUUUCAUCGCUACGUACAGAUGCACUUCAGGGAGCCAAAGUUUGGACUGUUAAUGGCCCCUUUAGAGUCCUCCCUGACCCGAGUGGAGGACGACGUGAUAACAGAGGCUUUGGAGCUGUUCAACAUGGUUUUGCGUUUCAUGGGGGACCCUCACCUGAAUGGUGCACAAGAAAACAUGUUUGGGAACUACAUCAUCCAAAGAGGUCUGUUGUCUCCGUGCUUACGAGACGAGAUCCUGGCUCAGGUUGUCAAUCAGGUGUGGAGAAACACAAACUCUGACAAUGCAGAGAGAGGCUGGCUCCUGCUGCUGGCAUGUGUUUGCAGCUUCGCUCCAUCACCCAAGAUGGAGAAAUACCUGCUGAAGUUUGUGUCUGACCAGGCUCCUGCAGGUUGCCAGGGGCUGCUGCAGCACAGACUCAUCCAAGCCAAUCAGAAAAUGCAGUUAAGCUCUGGCCCCACCCCUGAAACUGCACGGACCUAUCCGCUGUCGCUGCUGGAGUGGACAGCCAAUAGGAAAAAGGCUAACAUGGUGUUGCACGUGCACUGUUUUGAUGGAGGUUCCUUCCUGUGUCCGGUGCAUUCUUGGACUAGUGGAGAAGAUUUAGCAGGACACAUUCUCCGUCACAGAGGAGUGUCUGACUGGUGGAGGGGCUCUUCCAUCCUAAUGAAGGAGCCGAGCCAGUGGGUGGAGUUGGCGGGACAUGACUACGUCCUGGAUCUGAUUGCAGACCUGGAGCUUCCUGUGGACUUCCCAAAGCAGAAGAGUUACUUCAUCAUCAGCACUGACAACCCGGCUAAAGUCAGAGCUAAUGCCAGCCUGACGUUGUUUGGAGGUGGCUUUGACUCAGACGAGGAGCUUCCUUCUUCCUCCCCUCUCAGCAUCAGACCAGCCUACAGUCUGCCAGACUCUGAAGGUUACUACAGUCACGCUGAGUCAGACGGGUUCAGUGAUGGACAGACUCAGAGAGGAAUGGACCGGUACCUGGACAGCCUGUUUGAACCAGUUCUGUCAGACAGCAGCUCAAGCAUUGAAAAGGCAGGUUUGUCAGCGAGAAUGAAAGGAGGAGGUGGUAUAGGAGUCACAGGAGGAGGACGAGGAGAGGGGCAAGGUUACACGCCUCCCAGCCGACCAUAUCCACCAGGAAUACACCCCGGAGGAUUGGAGCAGGCAGUGUUGACUCAAGAACAACAGGCCAUCAUCAACCAACAAGCUAUUAUUCUGGCCCAGCAGAUGACCAUGCAGGCCAUUGCAAUCCAGCAGCAGAUGUUGUCCUCCUUCCCGCCUGUGGCUCCUGCUCCCCAGUCACCACCCUCACAUCACACAAACAUCCCAUCACGGUCACACACACCCAGUCCUACCAAGGAAAGCAACGAGUCCCGCAAACAAAGCCCUGCUGCUGCUCAGCGGAAAAUGAGUUCAACACGUGGACCCGCUCCCGAAGAUGUGGUCCGAUCUAGUGUGAGUAACACGGAGCGAACUGACCCAAGCCACGACAUCAAAGACAUCAUCAAACAGCAUCAGCCUUCGGACACAACAUCUGCUAGUGGGUCUCCAACACAAAGGAAAAGCGAUGGAAAGAAGUUCGGGAAGAAAUCUGACCCUCAUGACGAAGCAAUGGAGAUCCUCAAAGAUCAAAUGGCAAACCCACGGCCACCGUCUCAGAAGAAGCCUCAGCCUUCCCAACUUAAAGACGACAAAGUUAAAGUCGCCAAAGCGACCAACCCGCGACCUGCAGGACCAAGCAGCUCCACCUUACCACCGACCCCUCCUCCAGUCUCCAGGGAUUUACCAGUAGAAGAAGAGGUUAUUCAGACUCAGCUCCACAGCAGGACCAGCGAUGAGUAUUACACCUACUCCAAUGUCCCCUGGAAACUCUUCAUGAGGAAGGAGGUUUUCUACCCAAGAGAGACUUUGAACAAUCCUCUGCUUCUUGACAUGACCUUUAGACAGGUUGUCCACGACACAUUCUGUGAGGCCUGUGUCCGCAUCAGUCAAGAGGAGCGGCAGAAGAUGAAAGCCUUGUUUGCGGAGAACAAAGUGGACCAGACAUCAGGAACACACGACGAGACCCUGAAGAAGAAGGUGGUUGCCGUGGCCAAAGACUCGUGGGAGAUCUACUUCUCACGUCUCUUCCCAGCCUCUGGCAGCGUGGGAACCGGAGUGCAGGUGUUGUCUGUGUCUCAUAAAGGCAUCAAACUGCUGAAACUGGUGAAGAGCAGCUCUACAGCUUCAGACUACUUCAGAGUGCUGAGGCCUUACAGCUACUCGGACAUCCUGUUCUUGUCCGUUCCGUCGAAGAACAUGCUGGAGUUCAACCUGACCAACGAGAAGCUGAUCCUGUUCUCAGCCAAGGCCCCGCAGGUCAAGCACAUGAUCGACCACUUCCUCACAGAACUCAAGAAGGACUCGGAGUACGUGGUGGCAGUGAGGAAUUAUGUCACAGAGAGCAGGAAUCAGCUCAGCUUCCACAAAGGGGACAUCAUCAGGCUGCAGCGCAUGGACGGGCUGGAGUCUGGCAAACAGUACGGCUGCAUCGUGAGGAAAAAGGUCAUGCUGCUGGAGGAGGUGAAGAGGGACACGGCUGAGUUUGGCUGGAGGUUUGGGGCCGUGUUCGGAAAGUCCGGAGUGUUUCCCAGUGAUUACGUCCGUCCUGUGGCUGCUCCUGACUUCCUGGGUCUGCCCGCCGAGCGCGUGGAGCCUCGGGACAGGCAGGGACGAGUUGCUGCAUCAGCUGCCGUUGCCGUAGCAAUGGGCUCAGCUGUGGCUGCUCAUGAGCUCGACCUCUCCACAGAGGUUGUAAAUGAGAUGUAUGGGGAGAGCUGGAGCGCCGAACUGAACGACUCGUCUCUGCAAAGCAAUCAGUAUCUCAUGACAGAAUUUGCCAAGAAGUACUUCAGGGAGGCGCAGAGGAACAGAAAUGAACAGAAAACCAAGAAGGGAAAAGGGGCCAGGGACCCUGCUGACAUGGUCAAAUUCUCAAAGUCUCCACUCCAGGAAUCUCUGAUCGACUUCUCGGACAGCGGGAUGAACAGAGUAGCUGCUGACGUCUUCUUAGCUAUAAUGAAAUUCAUGGGAGACUUCCCAAUGAAAGGCCAGACUGAGCAGGACCUCGUGGCUAAUAUCCUGAAGUUAAGUGGCGACCACGGUCUGAUGAAGGACGAAGCCUACUGCCAAGUGAUUAAGCAGGUCACUGCCAACACCAGCUCCAAACCGGAAAGUUGUCAGAAAGGAUGGAGGCUGAUGUACAUCCUCACAGCUUUCCACCGCUGCUCUGACGUCAUGAAGCCCUUUCUGCUGAGGUUCCUGCAGGACGCCUGCGACGGUCCUGGGAUGCCAUACCAAGGUAUUGCCAAGGCUUGUGAGCAGAACCUGAAGAGGACUUUUCAAUAUGGUGGACGUGUUCAGUAUCCCAACAACAUGGAGCUCAAAGCCAUGCUGGCUGGGCGGAGCUCCAAGAGACAGCUUUUCCUGCUCCCAGGUGGGAUCGAGAGGCACCUGAAAAUCAAGACCUGCUCUGUUGCUUUGGAUGCGAUUGAAGAGCUUUGUUUGGAGAUGGAACUCCAGAGGUCGGAGGCGUUGGAUGAAUAUUCCGUCUUUUUGGUCACACACAAAGGUCAGAAUGUACGUCCCCUGAACAAGCGCGAGUACAUCCUUGACAUUGCUACAGAGGCCGAGCCAGUGGACGUCAACUACAGUUUUUGGUUCAGAAGAGUCGUAUGGAGUCUGGCACUGAAACUAGACAAUGAGCUCUAUGUGACCAUGCACUAUAACCAGGUGUUGCCUGACUACCUGAAGGCCUUGCUGAGCGUGGUUCCUCAGGGGAAGCCCAGUGAGCAGCACAUGCAGCAGAUUGCAAGGCUGGCAGCUUUACAGCACCGUGCCAAGGACUCCAUCUACCUACCCACUCUUCGUGAGGUGCAGGAGUGUGUCCCCCCACCAUUCUACAGCAAGCAGGGCUCUCAGCUGUGGCUGAAUAUGAUAACACAGCACAUGCAGCACGUCCAGCCUUUGAACCCGCACCAGGCCCGCGCACAGUUCCUCGGUCUGGUCAGUGCCUUCGCCAUGUUCGGCUCCUCUUUCUUCUACAUCCAGAGUUUGAGCUCUGCCUCCAUUAGUGCCCCAUGCAUCCUGGCUGUGAACCUGAACGGACUGCACUUUCUUAACAAGGAUACUCACGAGGCCAUGGUACGUUUCCCUCUGAAGGAGGUCCAGUCAACUCGUACCCAGAGACCAACUUCAGGCUCCAGUUACCCCUACGUGGAGAUCAUGAUCGGAGAUCUGCUCAACCAGCAGAUCACACAGCUGCAGCUGGAACAGGGCCUGGAGCUGUGUCGAGUCAUUGCCAUGCACAUGGAAAACAUGUUGUCGGUCCGAGAGAAGAGACUCACUUUGCCACCAAGCGAAAUCACUCUUCUAUAG